AUGCAUAGCAUUCGACAAAUGUUUGAAAGUGGAGAAACAGACAACAAUCCUACCUCUCCCCAGCCAUCAACAAGGCAGUCACUUGCACCUCAAUCCUCUGUUCAGAUACAGCCUCAGCAGCCAAAACCUGUUCCAAGAGGUAAACCAAAGUUAGCAGACCUACCAGCUAAGCCAAAAGUCUAUUGUGUUCCUGUCCACAAGUCUCAAUUAGAUGGUGUCAGCAGUUCACCAGGAAACAUCCAUCAAGACCUCAAGAGAAUAUAUGAAUCACCCAGAAAACUUAGUGAGCCAGCAGUUGGUUCUCUUGUGGCUCAGAGCUCCAGCAGUGUUCAAAAGGGAGAUAAUCCUGUUCGUGGAAAACCAGUCAUGAAAACAGCUAGUUUCAAUGUUUCAAGAAGGGCUACUCAGGAUCAAAAUGAGAAAGACACGAGUUUGGCUUCAGAGUUGCAAGUCAAAUUACGAAAACGACAGACAGGAAAUGCUAUCAAAGUUCAUCCGAAUCGCAAGUCGGAAGCAGAUAUGACAUCACCACCUGUAUCAGAGAAACCACCGCUUCCACUUAGUCCAAAGCGGUUUUCUGAUUCUUUUGAAAACAACCCGAGCAAGACUAGUGAUUUGAGAGUGCAAUUUGAUCUUCAAACAAUUCCUGGAACUCCAAGACAAUCACAAGAUGCUUCUAAUGCCAAUGAUGAUGAAGCUGAAAUAGAUGUGUCUGCCAAAGCAAAGUUGUUUGAAUCAAAGAAAAAUCCACCUGAAAGACCUGCCUUACCUAAGUUCAAACCUGGUCACAUUCGUCAAAGAAGUGCUGGCAGUGUAGUGGAGUAUUCCAAAAUUAACAAGUCUAAAGAGAGUACUGCAAAUCAAGAGUCUGUGAAUACUGAUAGUACACCAGAACCCCCAAAGAAACCUCCAAGAACUCAUGCCCAUGAUGAAUAUUUAAAAGUGAAAUUAAAACAAAAUAAAGUUCAGUACGAUGACAGUUGCCAAGAGAAAGAAACAAGUCAUAAAACGGAGCAGCCAACAUCUGUAAAAAGUCCAGUGUAUGAAACAAUUGACAAAGAUGAUUCUAUAGAAGAAGAAAUUUAUGGUGUUCAGGUCAUUCCAAUUUCUAUAAAGGAUCGCAUAUCACAGUUACACCAAAGACCUUUGUCUUGUCAGGAUGACACUCUAACGAGGAAACACCCACCAGCUCGGCCUCCUCCACCUCGACUUCGACCUCAUUCAGAAUUCAAUAAAUCACCAGCUGCUCAAUCUGCUACUCAUGCUUCACUGUUCUUUCCCAAAACUGCCCCUGAGAUUCCAGAUACAAGUCCUCCUUUGGAAGUGUAUGAGCCUGCCCCAGCUUUUAAAAAAUAUGGAACAAUGCCUAGAAGACCUCGUAAAAAUCGUCCUAGUUCUUCUGGUGAAAAUGAUAAAGGUGAUUCUCCCUCUCCAAAGGCUAAAUCUGGAUCCAAAAAAUUCCCCAUGAGAAAAAGUUUGAGUUCUGAAUGCCUAUACAUGGGUAAUGGAGUAUGUGAAAGAUUCUAUCAUGAUCCUGCUGAAUUUGUUGGUCCUGCUGAAACAUUCGAGGCUUAUGUUGACAAUGAAGGCUAUGCUGUUCCCAACAAGUUUAUCAAAAGAAAAGUACGAGAAAAAGCAUCCUGGGACCCUGAAUCAGUGGUAGGUAGAUUUGCCAACCAUGAUACAAAGGAAUUAUUAGUUUAA